AUGCUCGAGAAGGCUGUGGCUCUUCCCCUCUCCUCCAGGGAUGCGAUCAUGAAGGCUGUGUCAGUGCCAUCUACAUUCUUGUCACCUGUCCUCGCACGUGUUAUCUUAAUGGAGGAAGUGAACGAGUUGGAAGACGCGUCAGAGAGUCGGAGAGUUAAGUGCAGACCGAUGAUUGAUGCUCUACAGAUUCAGAUACAAACGUUGCCUCAAGCCCCACUGAUCACCAUGAACAUCCACCAUUGCACAUCGAGUGGUCAACCACUGCCUUCUGAGUUAGCGUUAUCGUUAGCGGUUGGUCUGACGACCGCUGCACAACUGUCCAAUAACUACCUCCCUCCAGCCGGGGCCGGUGGUGCCGGGGGCAGUCCGGGGGCCAUAGCGGCGCCGUUCGGGGGUGGCGGUGGGGCUGGUGGUCGUGGAGGAGGCGGCUACGGAGGAGCUGGAGGAGGAAGAGGAGGCGGUGGAAGUGGGGGUGGAUUUGGAGGCGGAGGUGGCACCGGUGGUGGUUUCGGAGGAGGUGGAGGAGGAGGUGCCUUCCCAGCCAGCACUUCAGGAGGUCGUGGGGGCGGAGGAGGAUUUGGAGGUGGAGCAGGUGCCGGUGGUGGCGGAGGUGGUGGUGGAGGGGGAGGGGACGUUAUUCCAAUCAUCUCCCAAACCAACGAACCCAACAAGGGCGAUGGAUCAUACUCAUUUAGCUACGAGAGUGGCAACGGAAUAAAAUUUCAAGAGCAAGGUUCGCAGGCUGAGGCAGAAGAAGGACCGGGUUCUGAAGUUCAGGGGAGCUUCAGUUAUGAAGGCCCUGACGGUAAGUUGAUUACAAUAACUUACACGGCGGGCGCCAACGGGUUCGUAGCUAUGGGAGACCAUCUUCCUACAGCACCUCCCAUACCUCCAGAGAUUCUGCAGUCUUUGGAGCAGAACGCUGCUGAAGAGGCUGCCGGUGGUGGACAAGGAGGUGGAGGUGGAGGAGGUUACUCCGGAGGCGGCGGUGGAGGUGGCGCGGGGGGCGGUGGAUUCUCGGGAGGUGGUGGAGGCGGUGGUCCCACGUAUCCAGCGAGCACUUCCGGAGGUCGAGGAGGUGGAGCUGGGGGCGGUGGAUUCGGCGGGGGCGGUGGAGUUGGAAGAGGAGGCGGGGCAGGUAGUGGCGGAGGAAAUGGGUACAACUACCCAAAACCUGGGAAAUAAAGGACUAUUAUUUUUUAAUUUAUUUAUUUGUGAUAAAUUUUACACCCAUUGAAUUGUAUUCUUUUAGUGUGUAGUAAAUUACUAAAGGGAAAGUGCAUUUGCAAAGAAAAUAGAAUGCAUUGGUUAUUAGUCAGAAAAUGAUGAAAGUAAACAGUUUAAAUUAUAGUUUGAGACAUGACUGCCUGAUGUAAUUUUAAUUGUAGUAGUAUUUAUUUUAUUGUUGAAGAUUAAGAGUCAAUGAUGUUGUCGUACUAGGUGUAGAUAUUUUGUACAUAUUUAGAAGUAGAUAGAGAUUAAUAAAGUUUGCAUGUUUGAUAAAGUUG